AUGGCAGAUACCCGCAGCUACAACGCCACGCUGGAGAUGGGGGGGAUUGGACUGGUGACGACCGGGGAUGGCUUAACGGUUCAUCUGACCAAAAAUGUGGAAUCUAUCCGAACGCACCAGCAGGCAGAGAGCUUGUCGUUGGAGCUAUUGGCGCAGAUGCAAAGACAUCGAAUUCAGCAGAGUGUGGUGACACUGGGCACCUUGGUCGCCGCUUCUGCUGCCAACUGGCGACGAUGCCUGAGCCUUGUGCAGCAGGCGCAGGAGCAGUCGAUUUCCCCCAACACAGUGGUGUGCAACUCCCUCAUCACAGCGUGCGAGAAAGGGUCGCAAUGGCCCAGAUCUUUGGUCUUUCUCCAGUCACUGACUUCACCGACGGUGGUCUCCUAUAACGCAUGCAUCAGUGCGUGCUCUCGGGAUCAACAAAGUCGCCUCGCGCUGCAACUCUUCGACGAGAUGUCAUCCAUGCGCGUUCCCCCGACGCUGGUCACCUACAAUGCCCUGAUCCACGCCCAUGCGAGAAGCUCACACGGCUCACACGUGGACAAGAUCACGGCUUUCAUUCAACAGAUGAAGGAUCAAUCCUUGCAAGCAGAUACUAUCACAAUGAACGGCCUCCUUAGCGCGUUGGAGAAGCGCUACAAGUGGCGGGAAGCCCUCCAUGCAGCCUUCAGAUUGCCCAUCUUGCGCGACGUCAUCAGCUUCAACGCCUUGAUCAGCAGCUGUGAGAAGGGUCAGCAGUGGCAGCUGGCUCUGUCCCUCUUGGGUCGGAUGCAGCAGGAACACUUGCAACCGAAUGUGAUCACAUACAGCGCUGCUAUCAGUGCUUGCGAACAGGUACAGCAGUGGAGCAUGGCGCUGCAGCUGCUGAAUGAGAUGCGUCAGAGGUUUGUGCCGCCCAACGUGGUCACCUAUGGCGCGGCCAGCAGCGCUUGUGAGAAGGGGCAACGCUGGGCCGAGGUCUUGGAUUUACUGCAGCAAAUGGGUUCCGAAGGUCUACAGCCGAACGUGAUCAGCUUCACGGCAGCAAUGAGGGCCUGCGAACAGGCGCAACGCUGGGAGAAGGCCUUGAAGCUCUGUCAGGAGAUGCUGCAAGUCACGGUGGCUCCAGAUGUGAUAUCUCACAGGAGCACCUUCCUGGCCUUGAGUCAGAGUCAGCAGCCGCGCAAGGCCGAAGCUCUGCUGGCACAGCAAGUGGCACGCAGCGUGGAACCGGUGGCCAGUAAGGAGGUGACUCGGAGGCUCCUUCAGCCAAUGGUCGAAGUCUUCCACAGCAUGCCAUCGAUGGGACAUCUGGAAACGCUGGGAUUCGCUUGGAGAGAGAAUGUCACUUGGCAAUCUAGGGACCCUACGGUGGGAAUGGACGGUAUUAUAUGUUUCUGCAAUUUUUAUGUUUCUGCCAAGGGCCAAAAAAAAGACUUGUCUAUGGUUGGCUGGUUUGGAGAUCUGAAACAUUUUGGCUGUUGAUUUCACGGCAUGAUCACGGUCCACUGAAGGCCUGGAUACUCCCUAUUUUGUCGAUUGCGACCCUCAUUUUUGGCACCCAAAACUUCAAGCUUUAAACUCUAGGAAUUUCAACUGUGGUUGGGUUUCUUUUUCUCCGUUUCCAGUGAUCAAUUCCCACCGUUCUCCUGCAGAUCCUGUGCCAGGUCUGUGACUUAGGACCUCACUUCACCCGGGAUGCCGCGGAGCAGAUCCUGCCGCGAGGUCGCGCCGAAGCUGUUUGCAGCAGACACAUUUUGGAGAAGUUGAUGCAGGAUCUGCCUUCAGUGGAACCAGUAGCCCAAGAUCAGCUUGCCUACACUGCAUGGGAUUUGCGCAGCAGGAGGUGGAGAAACCGAGAAAGCAGCUUGCUGGGCUAUGCUGCCAUGCGAAGAAACAUGCAG